CCACACUGAGCGCCUCUUCGAGAAGGGACACAGGAGGACGGCGGCUUGUCUCCGAAGACCCCUCGCAGGCCGCCUGCUCAGCCCGUUCAUUUGAGUUUGCAUGUUUCUCUGCACUAUGGAUUUUGAGCAUUUAGAUUCCUCUCAUCAAGUACAUUUCAACCACUACAGUAGACCUUUUCUCUCUCGAGGCAUCGUGCACUGCACGAGAGCAGCCAGAAGUUGAGGGAAAAGUAAAGUUAAAGUCGGUUCUCUUUCAUAGCAACAUGUGUUGUCUGACAUUCAGCCAGCUUUUUAGAUUUUUUUCCAGUAAUUUCCCUGUUUUCCUGCCCUGUCCUCACAAAAACCAGCUAGAAUGUCUCCAGGAGUCCGGAGCCUCUCAGGACCGUGUAGCUCUAAGCCUAGGAGUAGACUGUGUAGAAUAGUGCUCUUGUGUAGACGGCGCACGGGUGCCCUGGGGGUGCCCGGGGCGUUGCAAUGCUUCCUGCCUCUGCUUUGCAGGAAUUACAUGAACGACAGCCUGCGCACGGACGUCUUCGUGAGGUUCCAGCCUGAGAGCAUCGCCUGCGCCUGCAUCUACCUUGCCGCCCGGACGCUGGAGAUCCCUUUGCCCAAUCGUCCCCAUUGGUUUCUUUUGUUUGGAGCAACUGAAGAAGAAAUUCAAGAAAUCUGCUUAAAAAUCCUGCAGCUUUAUACCCGGAAAAAGGUUGAUCUUACACACCUCGAAGGUGAAGUGGAGAAGAGAAGGCACGCCAUUGAAGAGGCCAAGGCACAGGCUAAGGGCCUGCCGCCUCCUGGCGCCCAGGUUCUGGACAACACUGCAGGGUUCUCACCUGCCCCCAAGCUGGCAGAAUCUCCCAAAGAAGGGAAAGGAAACAAGCCUUCCCCGCUCUCUGUGAAGAAUGCCAAGAGGAAGACGGAGGGCAUGAAGAAAGCCAAGGCUGAUAGCCCAGUGAAUGGCUUGCCGAAGGGGCGAGGGAGCCGAAGUCGGAGCGGGAGUCGGGAGCAGAGCUACUCGAGGUCCCCGUCGCGAUCUGCUUCUCCUAAGAGGAGAAAAAGUGACAGUGGCUCCACGUCUGGCGGGUCCAAGUCACAGAGCCGCUCGCGGAGCAGGAGUGACUCCCCACCAAGACAGGCACACAGAGGUGUUCCCUACAAAGGCUCCAAGGUGAGGAGCUACCGGAAGUCCAAGGACUGCAAGUACCCCACCCAGAAGCCACACAAGUCCCGGAGCCGGAGCUCCUCUCGCUCUCGAAGCCGCUCACGGGAGCGGGCAGAUAAUUCUGGGAAAUACAAGAAAAAAAGUCAUUACUAUAGAGAUCAGCGAAGGGAGCGCUCUCGGUCUUAUGAGCGGGCAGGCCAUCGCUACGAGCGGGACCACCCUGGGCACAGCAGGCACCGGAGGUGAGGCAUGGGGCUCCCGGAGCGCUGCCCUUGACCCUUGGCGUGCACACCUCAGCAUGCCUGGCCCCGUGGAGUGACUCUUUGUGGAGUCUGUUGAGUGGCUGUUGACUCUGGACCUUGUGAUAAGUUUGGAGAUGGAAUUGAGAGGCCGGCAAGGUGCCCUUUAGGCCGGACGGGGCACGGCACACACCUGUGCCAGCACGGGGCCCCCUCGGCAGCAGCCCCGUGGGCAGCUGGAGGCGGAAGCAGCCCCGUGCAUCCUGGUGGUGCAGCUUGGUGCUAACGGCAGGCCGUGUCUUCACUCCCGGACCGAUACUGAAUUACGUUAAGCCAAGAAAAUGACUUUUAGAAUCUUUGCCUAUAUUAGGUUGUACUUAUGUACAUAUUUUGCAGUGUUUCACAAUGAGAAAAUGGCCUUAAUAGCCCCUUAUUCUCUAUCCACCUUGUAAAUGUGUUUAAUACAAGUUAAAGCUAUAUAUGAAAACUCAGAACUUGAAUCCUGUCAGCUUAAAACUUGUGUAGAGAAUUCGGAUUUUUAAAAUGUGAAGGUAUUUAGAUCUGUGUUGAAAGUCGUAUAUUUUUAUCUGUGCGAUGCUGAGUGCAGGCCACCAGCUCCUAAAUAGAGAAGUUUCCUAUAUAUGCAUUUUACGUGGUUAAAUAAACAAUUCCCUCCACUCAGGACAUUUGGGGCGUUAAA